GGCAGACACUGUGGCAAGAUGCGGAAAGAGCUUUUGCAGCACUGCAAAGAGAUGUAGCUAAAAAUCAUGACUUGGGCUGUGCUUCAGGCCUGUGCAGUCCAAGGAGGGUCUGGGGCAUGCAGCCAAACUACACAGCGGGGUUCAACAUGCUAUGUAAGCAUUUGGUAGCAUAGGCCACUCGUGAGGCAGUCCAGGCCCCUACACAGCAGGUGUUAUCUUAGACAUCCCAGGAUAUCAGAGAACUUUGUGCAGUGGUGGCAGAUAUGAUACAGGACUCCAGGCCACCUGUAGAAAAAGAGUAAUUUGGAGGCCAGAUGAGAUAACCCUGGCCUCCAGAGUCCACCUAAAUGCUUAUGUCUGGAUCUUCUCCCUUCAUGUUACUCAAUUCACCAGAUGAUUGCAGAGUGGUAGUGGUGGAAUAAAUGAGAGUCAGUAACAGCCAUUUUAAAUACCUUACAAGAUAACAGUAUUAUCAGAAGUCUUUGGUUUAACAAAAGACUUUGGUUUAUAUAAGAAAAAAAAAAAGAUAUGUAUGUGCAGAACUCUGAAGAGCUGCUUUAUUUAGCACAUGUGGGAGAAUGCUGGCACAGCUGUGUGUUCUGUGAGGAUGAAAUGGGGUUAUAUUGAGAAGAUUGCUCAGAUACCAUUUCCAGAAAGCAAGUACCCACUAAACAAGCCAUAUCUCACUACAAGAGGUAGCUUACCCGUCAGGUCAGCAAGUGGUUCUCACAGUCCCUCCAAGCUGUACUUAGGUGUGGAAUGAGAAAGCAGAGCUGCCCACUUGUUUCUCAGCUAAAAUUUCAAGCUGCAGAAGGGUGCCGUGCUCCAUGGCUGUGAAAAUCCUCUCUGUAUAAAUAGCUGGUGAGAUUUCAAGGGCCUGUUCAAGUGCAUCUGAAACCAUAACUGCACACAUCUUGUCUUGGGGAAGGACAGAUACCCACAGAGGAGUGACCACUGCUGUCACUGUCCCUAGGCAGUGCAUGAUCUAACACAAGCUGAAAGAGCUCUGCAGUCAGGCUGGCAUGGGCUGCUGGUGGGAGUUGGGACAAUUGCUUUUCGCUGCCCAUAGACAGCAGCAUGCCAAGUCUCCUCUCUGUGCUUUCACUUUGGGUUAUAGCUUCAAGUCCUAUGUUGUGGGAUGUUGAGAACAGCAUGGCUUUUUUGUUUGGAUGUUUUUUUUCCUAAUUCUUGCUGUUGGUAUUCCCUGCUGUCCUAAUUAAAGGUGAAAGGUGUUUAACUGUGGAGGAGGCAGAGGAAGGUUAACAUAAUGGGUCAGAUAUGUGGCUAGUGUAAUUAGGUCAGCAGAGUUCUCCCAGUGAUAAAUUUGGCUCAUUAAUGGGCUCUUGCUUUUCCUUACAAGGACAGGCUGCUAAUAGCAGAGCAAAGCUGUUGCUAUGAGGUGUCUCGAAGGGAGAAACUAAAAUGGGAAACAAAAACAGUUUUCUGUUUGAUUGAAAAUGGGUCAGUCACAGCCUUCAGUUGUUUUCAUGAUACUGCUAGGAAGCUCUGCUGCUCCGUGACUCUGUUCUUUCCUGGGAAACAGCAGCACUGCCUCUAAACAGCCUCAUUACCUAGCUGGGGGGGUCAGAUCCCUGCAAAGAAGGGUUCUUCUGUUCCAGUACUGUGGCCAGCAGGUGCCAGACCCAGUGACUACAGACAGGCUGGGCAGGGAAAGGCUCUUCUAGUAAUGAGUGAGGUCUGAGUCAUCCCUCAGUUAGUCCCUGUGGAUGAUGGGACUUGCAGCCUCUCCACCCACCCACCACUGAUGAGCUUUGUGGGACAGGGUUGGAUCUGAUGUGGCAAACAAAAGCGGCUCCUCUGACUGGUACCUUAGGGACCGGUGCCUGUACUACCCGAUUGUGGUACAGAUGCUGUGCAGCCAUCCCCCUGCUUCCCUCAUGUCACUGCCCCAUUUUAGGCUCUCUCUUGCUGGUGUGGGUUGGCUCUUGCUUUCCCAAAUCAAUGUGGCCUGACUGAGCUCUGGAAGGGUGCUUUAAAUGACGCAUUUCUUUUAACAUUGCACAGUGAAAUUUCCAUGUCACACAUGACUGUGUCCUCAGAGAACCUCCUGAUAACUGGUAUGAACUACUCUUGUACAGUAUCCCCAGGGGUCUCUCCUGUUGGGUAUACACAGGAUUUCAGUCAUUUUUCCAAGUGCUGGGGCUGCCUGGCUUCAUGCCUUUUUCCCUCUGUCCCAGUGGUGACUGCUAGUGGAGCAGCCAGCAAGCUGUGGGUGCUGCUGGCCAGGCUGGGACCCUACCCGCUUACUCUAGGGACCAGCUUUCCCUUCCACUGCUCAACUUCGUUCUGUUUUGUUCUAUGUGAGAUUAAGUGGCUAUGAAAAGAGCUUAUCAUUUACUCUUUCCUCAUCUGUCUUUGCUAGCUCUGACUUGGAAACUGUGUCAUAAGCUUUUUAUAUGCCACUGGCUGUAAAUGCUUGGAGUCUGCAUGCAGCUGUGAUACCUGAGGAGGAAAGCGGGCUUCCCUUGGCGAUGCUGUGGAGGUAGCUUGUAUUGCAAGUAAGAACUAUUGGCAGUGCUGGCUGUGCAGUUCUUUUCUAUUCCAGAUCAUCAGCACAUGGAGGUUGCCUGGGAUCCAGGACCCAGAAUGAUCCAACUGAACUGCAGCUUAAGCAGUGUUGUAAUCACUUCUGCCCCCUGCACUGUGAAAUGACCUGCAGAUGAUGUUGUGAAGAGCAGUAAAGUUUUUGAGACUUUGCCAGCUCUAGCACACAGCCAGAGCAGCUCUGCUCACCUGCAACUCUAGCAAAUCUUCCUUUGCUGAGUUUGCCAAGACAUCAAUAAAAGUAGAAACAGGUAAAAUGAAAGAAAGAAUUUCUGCUUUGGUUGUAAAGAGGGCACCCAGUGGACUAACCAGGUAAGAGCUGGUCUGUUCUAAUGAUAUAGUGGAAAAACUUCUGUCUAGGACUGAGAUCCAGCACUUCUGCUCCUGGCACUGUCACUGGCUCACUAUGUGUGCUGAACAAAUCACUCUGCCUUUGCAAGCUCCAUUAACAUCCCAGCCAUCUUUGCUACCACCCUGCCCCUGCUGGAAAGCAGAAAACCCAAAAGUACACAUUGCAAUGCAACACAGUGCUGUUUACUCUUUCUGUUGUUAUAACUGAUGCCAGAACAGGUGUUAUCUCACAUUCCAUAGGCUGGAUUACUUUUUAUUGCAGAACAAAAGAUGUGUCGUUUCCAGUCUUCUGCAUGAAAACUUUAUAAGGACUUUAUAUGCUACAGGCAGCUUAUAAAGUCCUCUGAACUUUUACAGCUUCAGGGAGGAAGGUGCCAGGGCUGAGGGUAGACAUUAACACUGUUGUGCUGCUUUUAGAAGGCACCAGCGUUAACCAUCACCUCACAGGCACCCUGCCUGGGGACCAUGAACUGCAGCUCCGGUGAUGGUGCUCUUUUUCUGCGUAACUCCAGGGCCUGCCUGCCAGAGUGAUCAUGCUCCCAGGGGUGCUGGUGGUACCUGUCACCUUGCGGGGUCAAGUGCUGCAGGAAAAGUCAUUUUCCUGGUGGGACUUUAACCAGGGUUACUAUGACAAUCAGGCAACAGGCUGCCAGCACCCUGCGUCCUUAUGUCCCCUUCCUGCUUUCCGCAUGCUCAGGGGUGUUGAAGCAUUCAGACCACAGCAAAACUUCCCUUUCCAACUCUAAUGAGGUGCAACCGUUUCUCCAGGAAGCAUGACUAAUGAGGGAGCUGGUGGGAGAGGGAAUGCACCCUGAUAAGGCCCCACAGCUCCAUCACCUACUGCAGGGAGGGACGUGGCAGUCCCUGCGUCCCACUAGAGACAUCCAGUGGGUGGCUGGAGUAUGACUAUGUGGCUUUUUUUCCUAUAGAAAGCAGUGAAUGAAUGCUUGUGCAGAAGAAUAGGGAUCCCUCUGGAUCCUCUCUCCAGGGACUCAGACCUUGGCAGCAGUUGUGCCAAGCAGGUCAGGGAACCUUCCUCAGAGCCCAGCAGAACCACUGCUGGUCCUGCAUGAUAGGGUUUGUCCCUUAAAUGUCCAUUUCCCGCCUGCAUCCUGGUGCAGCCAUGCUGGCCACAGCAGUGCGGCUCUUGGUCUUGUUCAGCCUCCUCAGCUUUGGAAAAGGCCAGAUGUUUCACAUGGGACCAUGCCCAGAUCCAGCAGUCCAAGAAGACUUCGAUAUCAAUCAGUAUUUGGGGAAAUGGUACGAGAUAGAGAAGCUGCCCUCAAGUUUCGAGAAAGGAAGCUGCAUCCAGGCAAACUACUCAUUGAAGGAGAAUGGGAAGUUCAAGGUGAUCAACAAGGAGCUGCUCUCCAAUGGCAAAGUCAAUGAAGUUGAAGGAGAAAUCAUGCACAUGGAUGUAAAGGAGCCAGCCAAGCUGGGCGUCCGCUUUAACUGGUUCAUGCCUUCAGCUCCUUACUGGGUCAUCUCCACCGACUAUGAAAACUACUCGCUGGUUUACUCCUGCACCAACAUUCUCUGGCUCUUCCACAUUGACUAUGCCUGGAUUUUAUCAAGAGCUCCCGACAUGCACCCAGAAACCGUGGAGCACCUGAAGAGUGUUCUCCAGUCCUACAAGAUUGACACUGAGAAAAUGAUGCCCACGGAUCAUCUUAACUGCCCUUCCGAGAUGUAACUCCGGCAUGCAGUGACACAGCACCAGACCAGCGAUGAACUUUGUUGCUUUCUGUGUUAUCCAUUAGAAUUUCUCUAUGUAACAGAGAAAUGCAAUAAUCCCUUGCUAAUGGUAGUUUGCCAGCCCUAAGUUAUGCUUUGCUGUUCUCUCUAUUGCGCUUCCCCUUUUUUUCUUGCUCUGAUUUCCACAGAGUAACUGACUGAUUCAAAGCUAAUGGGUGAAGAAAAGAAACCCUGAAGUGCGAAGCUCUGCUGUUGCUGUGAGUCCUCCUCUAUGUGGAUGGGAAAGGGUAUGAGAUAUGAUGUGCAAGUAUUAGUCCCAGGAAAAACCUUUCAUCACACAGCCCCAGGUUUGUUUCCCAUUUUUGUCUUGAUGCUACUGGGCAUGCUAGGAGCCUGCGGUGUCUGAGCUACACUGCAGGCACUGCCUUACGAGGGACAGCAUCCAAACACAGUGGGUUGGUCCUGCAGACCUGGAACUUAGACUGAGAUCUCGAGUGUUUUCUGGUGCAGGCCUGCAGGCGUAUGUUGCUGCCAUGUCAGUGGACCUCCUGACUAAGAAUCAGAUCUGGCCCUUUGUAUUUACAGUCUAAAAAUGUCCAGAAAUUCAGCAUCACUCCAUCCCCAGUGUCUGUACGUGUCCUCUCUUGCCUCUAGUGAGGCUGGUCCUGCACUCUCAAGGGAUCAGCUCUGAGAGUACACAUAAGCAGACAGAAAGAAAUGGGGCUGCUCCACUGUCCUCUCUUCUGGAAGCUUUUCCCUGAAUGCCAAGAGACGGCAGGCUCUGCCUGAUGUCCUGCUUACCGCUUUUGUACGUGCCGAGUGCCCGCUGGCACUGCAUCUGCCCUGGCAGGUGUUCACCAGGCACCGCGACAACUCUGCUUGAACAGCAUUGAUGCAGCUCAUUAAAAAUGAAAUUAAAACA